UCCGUCCAUUUCCCAUUCUUUCCCUGCCAACGGGGCGUAUUAUGCGCUCACACACGACGCGUCGGCUGAGUUGAUUACGUAUACGCAACAAUGGCCCAUGAGUUGAUUACGACGCACUGGCUCCAAUAUGUAUGGCAAGUAAUUUGCAUAAACCGCGAAUCGGACGCCCGCAGACAGACAUUCGUUGACACAGAUGAUCGGCAUCAAAGGAGGUGCGAAUAUCCAGCCGAGUAUGCCAAUAUAAUGAAGGCUGAAACAGAAGCUAUGGUCAGCCUGGCGGAAGAUCGGGGUCCCAAUAUCUGCAGCUGUAGUCGAUUGCGAUCCGAGUGCUGGACAAGACAUUCGAUCACCGCCGAGGACACGAUGACUCGUCUGGCUUUAAAGUACGACACCAGCAUUGGGCGCAUCUGCAGGGCCAAUCGAAUGCACAGCCAGGAUGUCCUGCAGGCACGCCGUCACGUGUGGGUGCCCGUACCAAGCAGUCGGUUCCAGAUGGGGUCUCCACAGAAAUCAGAGUCCGACGAAAAUCCGGAGACACCUACCAGAAAAGUUACGCCGAACUUGCCGUCACAUUUUUAUCGCCAAAGUGAUCCAAAUCCAAAUCCUUUUGCCGACGAUGAUGAUCCCCUGCUGUUCAUCACAGUUAUGAAGGAAGUUCUUCAAUGAGCUCCACGGCAAUGCACAUCGAUAACAACUGAAAUAAAUUGUUCGUUUGUAAUU